AUGAAUUUGACGAAGACGCAAAUGGACAAAAUCACAGACGCUGACGCAGCUGACGCAUGGCUCCGAAGGUUUACCAACAAGGUCAACAGCAGUCCCGGCCUGCGAGCUCAUCAGGCAGCUGUCGAGACGACACCUACCAAGUCUACCUCUAACCCUCCGCGGACCGCUGCCGACUCUCGUCCCAUAAUGACCUACAGCCUUGGCAGCAGUGCCGAUGAGAACAGGGGCGUGCCAUCGACUCCAUUCUCCGAACUGAUGCCACAGGUUCAGGCUGAUGGUCAAAUGCCGGACAUUUUUGCCCACAAAGGCCCAUCGCUGCCGAAACGCCGCAACCUCCGAUCACCUGUUCCAAUCCAGGCCGAUGCGAGUCGUAUUCCUGGUCUCGUUGCUUACCGUCCGCCUACGGAAUCCGUUGCCCAUCCUGUAUCGCCUCUCAGGCAGAGCAACCAUGGCCGGGACAGCGAUGGCGUGUCUGCCUACUGCCCAAGCGCCCACCUGUCGGAUUCCAUCUACCUCGGGCAGAAGCACACGACGACUUCCUCACAGAGGAGCAUGGGCGGACCGGUCGUCGGCAUGUAUAAUGCUUGGAAUUCGAUGGGGAAUACCAGCGACUAUCCAGAACCAUCAUCUCGUACUCACAACCUAGCUCAGCGGCCUCGGCGCUCCAAGAGUACCUCUGAUGGCUUGGUGUCGGACAGCAUGAGCCGUAUGAUGGGGCCGGUCCAUACUUUGCCUCCGCCGCCCUCACCGCUUUCCAGUCAUAAUUCUCGCUGGGCUACCGACGUCCAGAACGAUACGGCCGAGGGCGACUUGUUCUCACCCUUGGCCCUGUAUUUCCGUGGUCGCGAUUUUCCAACGUCCAAGAGGGGUGAAAAGGUCAUGAUCGGACGAAAUGGCUGGCUCGAGCGUACCGAGCGAUCACCAGAACGGGGCCUGCAGACGACUCGGAAGAAGCGAGCAGGCAUUAUCGAGAGCAUCAAGAAGAUUGCCAAGGAUAUGACGGCAGAAUUUGCCAACACCGGCCGACGAUCGCAGCCUUCGACAAGAGAAGCUGCUUCACACAUUGCCAUCUCCCUCACACCGCGAGAGCAGAGUCUGCUAUUUUGCGAGCUCGAGUUUCAUCUCACCAGUGCACUGCAUGAUUUCAUCACCGCCGAGCUCGAAAGGGGUCACCUCGUAGCAGAUAAUCUCAAGAGCAUCUCGGAUUGGUGGCUUUCUCAGGGCCGGCCCAAGGUUAUCGGCUUCCGGUAUGAUUUAGAGACGCAGCUUGAGCUCGUAUGUCUUCAUGUCCACGACUUCAACUUCUACGGCCGCCACCAGAGCAACCCGGUGGAAAUUGCCGGCCUCCUUGAUGCCAUGAAGGCGGAUGCCCGCCAGAUUCGGGUCCGCACCUUCUGCCAACCGGACUCGGUGAUUGCGAAGCAACUUGUCGACUCGCAGUCGCUCUUCAACAUGAUCAAUGUUUCACAUUGCCGUCAGCUUGGCCUGUCCGAGAUUGUCCAAUUCUUCAGGGUCAUCGUGGGGCGCGAGAAGCAAAAGCGAGAGGCACAAAGGACGACAGCGUCCCAUCCCUGUUCGGCACGAAAUCUUGCCGUUGAUGAUUCUCGGUGGGGGAGGCACCGCUACGAGAAAGAUUGGCAACGACAGCAUGGUGAUCAGAUAUUCCCAGCCAGCGAAGUCCGGUAUGAAUCAGAGGUGGUGCACGACUACGAUGAAGCAGUGGUAGAGCCUCUUCCAUAUGCUCGCCGACACCGGGGACAGAGCAGCACAUAA